UGUUAUAAAAUUGUUGAACGAUUUCGAAGAGGACAUCAGUUUCAGCUCACCAUUGUUCGAGUUCGGUGUACAGAUUUUCUUGUGUGAUCAAUUCAAAAAUAUUUUAAGAAAAAUGAAUACUUUUGUGUUACUCGUCUGCGUCGCUACCUGCGCUCAACUAACACUUGCACGUCCCGAUGUCAGUCUCGGCUAUCAGUAUCGUCCCGGUUACAGCAGCUCCGGUGCUAAUUUGUUGCAGUCACCACACUCCUCGGGCAGCAAUUAUUUUAGCUCAGCGCCGACAUUUUCGCAGAAUUUGGGGAUAGGGAGCUCUGGCGGUUCCGGCGGCUUUGGUUACAAUGUAAAUAGUGGCGGUUAUAGCGGCAGCCCCGCCUUCUCAUCCGGCAGUUAUGGCGCAUUGUCUGGUAGUUUUGGUGGCGCAGGCGAUUUUGGUGGCUCAUCAGCAGACCAUGGCUAUCAGACAGGCUACAUCAGUGGUGGCAAUAUACACUACACCCAGCAACCGUCAAAUUUUGUUGGCCGUGCACCGAUUGUGAGCAAACACUUCUGGAUACACUCCGCACCGGAGGAUCAUGACGAACAGCAAAUUGUGCGUUAUAUAAAUAUUGGAAAGCCACGCAAGAACUAUAAUGUCGUGUUCAUUAAUACGCCCUCAUCCAAUGUGAAUAAGGCUAAAAUUAUCGCUAAUGUUGCGCCAGUUGAGGAUAAGACGGCUAUUUAUGUUCUGGCCAAAAAGUCGAACGCGUUGGAUUUGAGCGCUGAGGUCGCUACACCAGCGCCAGUCGUCCACAAGCCAGAAGUGUUCUUUAUUAAGUAUAAAACACCGGAGGAGGCGGAACAUGCGCAACACACCAUACAAGCUCAAUAUGACGCUUUGGGCGGCUCAAGCGAUCUCUCCAAUGAAGGCUCUAUUCCUGUAUCAUCAGCCAUUGGCAGUUUGGGUGGUUCGGUUGGUGCUGGAGAUGAUUAUGCUGAGGACUCACAUAUAUUGCAACCAGGCGCAUCCAUUACAUUAGGCUCCAGCGGCUCAAGCAACGGCGGUAAUCAAAAUUACUUGCCACCAGAUCACAAGUAAAAUGUGAUUAAUGAUGGAAGCUUUUAAGUCUUAUUGUGAAAGCUCCGCCGUUAUAAAUGAAAGUUUAAAUGUGCUUGAGACUCAUGUGGAUUUGGGAAAUUUGCUGCGGGAAACUGAAGCGCUGUUUUUAUUUACUUUUUUCAAUUAUAGACGAAAUUAGUCUCAUAUAUUUAAUAAUUUCAGAAAGUAUUACUGUUUUUAGUUAAAGUCUUUAACGUUUUUUAUAUGUGUUAAGAAUGCUAGUAAAUAAAAAUGUUUUUAAUUA